ACAAGACAAUAACUCCGUCACAUUUAGCGUUUCAGGCUGAAUCCGAUCAGCUGGGUAAAUAGAUAAAUACACACAUGAACCGACUGAUCAAGGAAGUCAAAAAUAAAUAUAUAUAUUUGAAACUUUAACGGACCGAGAUGGCCACACCCGAAAAGCGGGGGGUCCCGCUCCCCGCCAACGAACAAGCCGCCAACAAGAAACCCAAGAAAGGCCCAUCAGAUAAAGUCUAUAUUGAUCUUACAAGCAACGGUCCCUGGCAUUCAGUUCCUAUAAUCAGACAAGACCAGCCCGCCGAAGCGGAUCCAGUGUAUGACACAUGUUUUGGAUUGCUCUGUAUGCAAGCGAUCUCCUCCCCGGGAUGUAGUGGGCCAUCUGAAUGCACCCCUGCUCGGCUGAGAUUCGAGGGGAAGGUGGUGUGUAUUUCCUUAAAUACCGCACAGGAUACUGUUGCGAUUUUGGUGUCCGAGACGCUGUCACGCUUGGUUCACGAGUUUGCAGUGACCAUGAAUGCAACCCUAUGCGGCAAGAAACAAAAGACUAAACACGAUAGCAAGAAGCAAAAGGACCAAUACAAUACAGACCCAAGAUUUCUUUCCGUGAGGAUCAUUUUGUAUGGACUUCUUCAGCAACAGGAUGCGAUUGCGGACACUCUGGCGGGAGGGGGGUUGUUUUUACAACACCCUGGAGAAACAGAAUUCAACCGAAAUGUAAAGUAUGUUAACCCGCAGUACUUGUUGGGGCCAGGCCAAGAAUUACCCCCCAUAGAGGAACUCUCAGUGUCCACAUGUUGUGCACCUCAUGGACAGCGAUCAGCAAAGGUCAGUGACGUUCUUAACGAAAGCGAGGUCAACAAAGUCCAGAAGAUAUUCGACACGGCGACUUCGUUGGAUGAAUUGAUUCCGAUGAUUAAGCCAAGCUCAAGACUGGUGACGCAACUCAAGAGGCAUCAAAUAGAGGCCUUGGUCAUGAUGGUCGAGAAAGAAGAAGGCAUAUAUGAGAAAUCACACUUCCCAACGAUAUGGAAUGUCUCCAGAGGUCCGAAUGAGCAGUCUCGCUAUCAGAAUAUUGUAACCGAACUAUAUGCAAUGUCCCCUCCUCCACCAAUUGGCGGGGGGAUACUGGCAGAUGAAAUGGGAUUGGGCAAGACGUUGUCGAGCUUGUCAGUCGUUUGUCAUUACCUAGACCAGAUCAACAAAAAUCUGCCGUUGAGCAAAAACAUUCCAAGGACUACUCUGGUCGUGACCCCUAAGUCAACUAUCUACGGAUGGGAGCAACAAAUCAGCAACCAUAUUCACCCGGAGAAAAUCCGAUGGAUUACAUAUUAUGGAUCUAACCGCCAAGAGACUGCAUCCGACAUUAGCUUGUACGAUAUUGUAAUAACCACAUAUGAUACACUCAGGUCCGAGGAGAUCAGAAAAGGUCCUUUGUUUGCAAAUGAGUGGGCCAGAGUGAUUCUUGACGAAGCUCACAGAAUUCGAAAUCGCAAUUCCAAGACAUUUCGAGCUGUUCGCUCUCUACGCAGUCGGCACCGAUGGUGCCUUACCGGGACACCCAUUCAAAACUCUCUAGACGAUUUUGGAGCACUCCUAGAGUUUAUCCAAACGCCUUCUCUCCAAACCAAGGAUUUAUUCAUCCAAUACAUUACUAGGCCGAUCAAGGAACGGAAAAAGGACAGUAUAGAGAUGCUCCGAAGGGUAGUGGCCGCUACUUGUUUACGUCGAACCAAAAGUUCUCACUCUGUAGAACUCAACUUGCCACAGAAGAUAAAACGUGAAGUAAUUGUGAGAUUGGAUCCUGAUGAUAGAGAAUUAUAUGAGUUCUUCAAACGUUUCUCGUAUCUGAUGGCAGGAAACGAGAAAGUACCUCAAAGGCAGUCCGCCACCAAUAUUCUGGUUCUGAUUUCUAUACUUCGCCUAAUCUGUGAUCAUGGGGAGGCCCUGCUUACAGCUGCGGCACGCAAGGCGUGGAAAGAGCGAGAUGAAAAGCUGCUUACUAGGACAAUGCUCGAAACAAAUGUCAAGCAGUGUAUCUUCUGCUACAGUGAUGUGGAAGGAGAAAAUGGGAGCGAGCUUGUCGUCGAGGAACUUGGUUGUGGACAUGUCAUUUGCGACAUCUGCGUAACAAAGUUGCCGAGUUCUGACAGCCAGCUCUCUUGUUUACACUGUAGUGUAGAUAAGCUGCAGUUUCCAUCAUCACCUACAAGGGAGGCGUUGUCGCCAGCAGGACUAACGAACCCUGCGGGGCUGCGAUCACCACCAUCCGCCAAGCUGAAGGCGAUUCUGCACAAUAUCUUACAGAGGCAGGAGCCGAGUGGCAUGAAUUCACAACCCCGCAAAGCUGUGGUUUUCAGUUACUGGACGAAAAUGCUGGACCUGAUAGGAAAUGCCCUUGACGAGAGACAACUGUCGUUCCAGCGUAUCGAUGGCCAGCUAUCCUUAUCCCAGCGUAAGGAAGCUCUCGAGAAGUUCGGCAACGACUCUCGAUGUAACAUCAUGCUGGCGAGCAUUGGAGCAGCUGGCGAAGGUAUUGACCUCACUGCUGCAACCUCUGUUCAUAUUGUAGAGCCUCAUUGGAAUCCUAUGGCUGAAUCUCAAGCUGUUGACCGUGUACAUCGUAUCGGUCAGACACACGAUGUGGAGGUGGUUAGGUAUAUUGUUGAUGAGUCAAUUGAAAAGGGCUUCGUGUAACAGUAUAUCCAGUGGGUUCAGAACCACAAAUUGCGCAUGAUCAAUGAAUCUCUUUCAGAAUCUGAACAGAAUUUGCAAGCGUCAGAGG